AUGACCGGUUGUGGUGUUCUCCAGGCCAGCACUGUGGUCAUCCCGGGUAGCGGGCCAGGGGAUUCAACUCUGCUUGGGCUCGUUUCCACCUUACCUGGAGUUGACGUACGGAAAGUAAAGUUCGCUGGAGAUACUGCAGCCGUGCUCGGCGUGACGAGGAACGCGUCGUGGAAUGAUGUCGAGGGAGUGCUCAAAACGCUUGUGGAUGCCGGCUCGCGCACAUCAGUAGAGGCGAAGUACAAUGGGCUGAAGCUGGGCAAAAAAUCGAAGUUUGGCGACGAAAAAGCUUUCCCACAAACAGUUGUGAAGAUUGUUCCACAGCAAAAUUGGAAGCCCCUUCUCCGGCAGCAACAGAAAAUCUCAUCAGACGACCUCACUAUUAAGCUGUUCGAAAUCGCAGACGAAUGCAAGUUGGGAGUCGUACAAGCCAGCAUUUCGACGCCAUUGACGAUUCUCAUCCAGGAUAUUCCUGCAGAGCACUUCAUCGUCAGAGAGUUCCAAGAACAGGCGCCUCACUAUCUUCUACAGAGAGGACAACGUGCUGACCUCCUCCUGGUAAUCGAUAGACAUUGGUGCGCAGCAGCCGUGAAGCACUUUUUACAGUACCAUUUGAGCUACGCUGAAAUCCGUUUAGAAGUCAACGGACAACUUAUGCACGAUAUGCAAACUUUCGAGGACGAGAAAAAGUUUCCUCAAGUGGUUCUAUCAUCGACCUUCCAGGUCUCAUCGAGCGACCUGCAGAGACUGAAAUCACGUAGCACGGGAUCUCUGUCGUCAAAAGAAGGAGGUCGUCGCAGUCGUUCCAGCUCGCCGCAGCGGCACAGCGCGGACUUCUAG